AUGUGACGUGUGCUGGACUUUGAUAGUGAGGGUUCAUUUCUCUCCGUCUGCAUGAGUUGAACCAGCCAACAGUUCAAGGAUGGUUCGUUUGAAGGAUGGAUAUCCCGCCACGCUUCAGCAAGGAGCUUUCAGGGUUUUCCAUGGAACUGUUGUCUUUCUUUUCCUUACACAGACUUGUGCAGGUCAGUCUCUGGUCGUUACACCAUCACAGCCAGUGGUGGCGAUACUUGGUGAGGACGUCAUAUUACCAUGCCAUCUGGAACCUGCUGAGGAUGCCACUGGAAUGACUGUGGAGUGGAGGAGACCUGACUUGAAUCCCAGAUUUGUGUAUGUUUGGCGAGACGGCGUGGAACUAGACACCAAAAAACACCCGUCCUUUGCGGGGAGGACUUCAGUGUCCACCAGCAAACUCAGACAUGGAGACGUUUCCCUGAAACUCCAGAGAGUACAACUCUCUGAUGAAGGGAAAUACGGAUGCUACAACCCAACACCGAACAAGGAAGCUACUGUUCAACUUGUGGUUGGUGCCGUGUCGUGCCUCGCCAUCAGCCUCACGCAGGAGGAUAAUGAUGGGGUGGUUCUACAGUGUGAGUCUAAAGGCUGGUAUCCAGAGCCUGAGGUGUUGUGGCUGGAUGAUAAGGCAAAGCCUGUCUCUGCUGGACCUACAGAGACCUUCAGAGGUCCUGAUGGUCUCUAUACCGUCAGCAGCAGAGUGACUGUGGAGAGGAGACAGAGCUACAACUUCACCUGUAGAGUCCAUCAGAGGAACACCAGCCAGACCAGAGAGACAUAUUUCCAUAUCCCAGAUGACUUCUUCAGCGCUCAGUGUUCCUCUACUACACCGAUCAUACUCAGCUGUGUUGUAGCUUUAACAUCUAUAUUUGCAGUUGUCCUUGCUGUGUGUUUCUGUAAGCAGAAAAAGAAGUAUGACUCUCUGCAGUUGAAGAAGAACAGAAAAACAACUGUGAGUUACAACAAGGAACAACAAUCAUUGAUGGAAGAGGAGACAGAAACACCGCAGGACUCUGAAAAGAACAAAAAGAUCAAGGAAUUGGACGAGAUCAAAGUCGAAAUUGAUGGAAAGUUAAAGGAAAUGCUCAGAAAACGCGGAGAUGUAGUAGAAAAGGUUAGUUUAUUCAUGAAUUACAAGAAGGAUGUAGAAGACGAGAUAAAACGCUUUAAAGUGGAGCUUCAGGAUGUCCAGAGUCAGAUCAAUAAUAAACAAGGUUGGCUCCGAGGAGUUAAACAGACAGUAGAUACUGCAGUAACAAACCAAAUGGAUUUUAUGAACCAAGUAGAUCCCAAAACAAAACUUGAAACAGUAAAGACAGAGCUUCAGGAAAGAGAAGUUGUUCUGAAGUGGAUAUUGCAUGAGGUUGAUAAGUUGACAUUGAAGAACACUGAUUGGAACUGUCAGAUAGAAAUCAUAAACGAACAACUGGAGGAGAUAAAGAAGCAGAGAAAUGAAAUGAACACUGAACCCACUUCAGACAAUUCAGAGACGUACAUUCUGGAGGAGACGCCCUAGAUGCUGGGACACUGCACCUGAAGAGGCUUUUCAGUCUUAUCCUGACUUUGGACUCUUUAUUUUAAAACGUGUUGUCGCUUGUUUUCUACUGUUGAAUUUGAUAUGAUGUACAGCUUGAGCAAAGAGUCAGAGUCUUAAUGAUUUGAAGAAGUUCCAGUUGUUCUUUUUUAACUUUUAUUCAUAACAGUUUUAUUUUAUUAUACAAAUACAGAAUUUUAAUGUUUCACAUUUUUCUUACGAUGUAUGUUUUAUACCACACUCCUGCUUUGUUGAUGCUCUGGCUUUUUAUC